AUGAGCCAGAUUAUAGGGAUCCAUGGUGGCCACUACCAAGCUCAACCGGCUGCCAAUUUUCAAACAAUUCUGAAGCAUCGCGUAGAGAUCGACAAGAGGCCUCCACGCAUUGUGCAAGCCAUGCGCCUUUCAGAUGUCGUCUGCAUCUCAACUGAGAGCCUUGUCGGAGGCUGUGGAGGGUUGCGCCUCGCGCAGGUCUCGUUCAAGGAAUUUCGGACGACAACAAAUGUGGCCUCACUGAUCGACAUCACCCAUACUAGUCCAAUGGCGGCAGGCUCAAUCGGAGCGAUGGUCCUGUUGGCCAAUGCUCACCCAUUCACGGGCAGCCUCAACCAUCAGCUAACCUCAUCAACCCGGCUGUAUCGUCUCCAGCGGCAGCACUGCAGGAGGCCGCCCAGCACCUUUCAGCUCUGA